ACCUAGGAAAUUAGAUUUGUUGUCGAAUAUUCAUAAACACCCAAAAAAAUCUUUGAUGUUUUCAUCCACUUCCCAAUCACCCUUGUUGGUGCAGACGCUUUCCACCUUCCCGUCACAACCCCAUCUCGAAUAUCCUCACCAAUAUUCCAAUUCUAAACAUCGGAUAGAAAUGGGCGAAAAAUCGUUUCUUUCUUGUUCAAGAAUCAUCGCAACAGACACUCCGAUUUGCCCUUUUCUCGCGUUGCGUUAUGGGGCUUUCCAUGCAAGGAAUUUACCCAUCUUAUUUCUUACCUUUUUCCUAUCCUUACUGCAUUUGGAUAGUAGUAUUUUAAAUCUUGUUCAAGAAUUGUUGAAAUUGACAGCAUUUAAGGAAAAAAAUCAUCUCUUUCUGUGAGAAUUUAGCUCUGGUUAGGCAUAUGGCAAUGUCAAUGGCAUCACCUAGUGAAAGGAGUAGUAGUAGCAGAAGCACUGCUUCUCUAAUGCCCGGGCGAAUUGUGGUUGCGUUUGAUGCGACUAGGAAUUUUAAUUCUCAUGAAUUGAAGAACACUAUUAGUAAUAUCCAAAUGCAGCAAAGCAUGAUUCAGGAAGUGGACACCAUUACAGUUCUUGGAGUCUUGCAUAAAGUGCCUCAUCCCAUGGGGUUUGAAAUGGAAAUAAGCCCCGAUUCUUUCAUGGGGACUCGUGUUCGUGCAAUAAAAGAGCAAGUCUCAAGAAUGGCGGAUGUAUACGCUGGGAACCUUCAUAAGAGUGCUGAGGCAUGUGAUGUCAGUGGGGUCGUUAUUGAAGUCAAGAUUGUCGUUGGAGCUCCACUAAAGAACGUUAUCGUACAAGAAUCCAUAGCUUCAAAUGCCACAUGGGUUGUUCUUAACAGGCACCUAAGAAAGGAAAUAAAGUUCUAUCUUAAUAAAAUACCAUCCAAAGUUGCUCAAACCCUUGACAACUUUUCUCUGAAGAUCUUGAGAUCUUUUUAUUCUGCCAAAGCUACGGCUAAUGUUGAGCCCGAGCUGUUUUACUCGCUGUCCAAGCUAGUUCCCGUGAUAGUACCCUCCGAGUAUACUCCCAGCAACGACCAUUCCCUUAUUUCUCCAAUCUACCACGGAUCCACAAGCUCCCACGGAAGCUCAGGCAGCUCCAAAUCGAAGGAGCAGAACACCUUCUCACCAGAUGAACUCGCGUCAAAAUCUCAUCUUGGAAAAACAGGCAUAUAUGGUAACGGUAAAGAUAAGCACCACGGCAGUUCACCCCUAAAACAAAGUCUACCGAGAGAUCCUAGUUUUUCCGUUCCUUUUGCUGUUGAUGAGAUUAAGUUGAAUGAACAUAAGCAUUCGGAGAUACAGAUUGUAGCAGAUGCUUCUUCUGGUGAUUUACACAGAGAAGAUACUAACGAGGACAGGGAAUCGAAUCAUUUUCACCCGAAGAAAGAAAAGCAAAUAAAUCUGCAGCUGGACUUUCAUACAUCCCACCAUUCUGAUGGAACGAAAACGCGCAUGAGUUCAAAAGGAUGGAAAUAUUCCAAGAUACAGACUGCAACGAAUGAUUUUUCUUCCGAGAAUCUACUGGGAGAAGAUGGAUAUGGGCUUGUGUAUAAAGGUCUGCUCAAGGAUGGACAGCUUGUUGCUGUAAAAGUGCAAAAGGAAGCCAACACGCAAGGUUGUUCGGAAAUUUACUCACAAUUAGGUGUCCUAAGAUUGGUGUGUCACAAGAACGUCGUGAUGUUUCUUGGUCACUGUCGUAGAGAAAACACAAAUAUCUUGGUUUAUGAGUACAUCUGCGAUAGGUCGCUGGAGUGGUAUUUAUUCGAUAGUACAGAACAUCUUCUUCCAUGGCACCAGAGACGUGCUAUUGCUGUUGGAAUUGCAAAAGGGCUGCGUUUUCUACAUGAAGAGUGUCGGGGAAGCCCUAUUCUUUACAGGGGCCUGAUGCCAAGCAACAUAUGUCUCACACGUGAAUUUAUUCCAAUGCUGGCAGACUGCGGCCUUGCUAAGUGGAACUUGGAUGAUCAAGAAAAUUCCGAAUAUCUUGCUCCGGAGUAUGCAGAAAACAGCGUUUGUUCUGUGGAAACGGAAGUCUUUGCAUUAGGGAUUAUUUUGAUACAACUGAUAUCAGGACGCAAACGUCCUGAUUCAACGAAAGGCUCCCUUAGAGAGUGGGCCAUGCCAUUGAUCCAAAUGCUGAAACUAGGAGAGCUCGUUGAUCCUCGCCUUGGGGACUCGUAUGCCACUUAUGAAGUAUACCAGAUGGCUAGAGUGGCGUACUUGUGCGUUCAGGCAAAGCCCACUAUGCGGCCAACAGUGGGAGAAGUGCUGCUCAUUCUUGAGGGUGAAAACGAUCGUCUAGACCAGCUCAUGGAGCAGCUAAUUCCGGUUCCUAACAGCGUGCAGAGACGGCUCUACACUGAGCUUAGCUGACUUCUCUCUUCUUGAACAAUAAUUCUUACUCUCAAACUGCAAAUGAUGUAUGGUUUCUGUUGUUAUUAAUGAGAUUUUAUAUA